AGCGCCCUCCAGCGGUCAGACUGAGCAGCUGCAGGCUGUCAGAGCGCGUGACGGGGGCUCGUGUCUGAGGAUGAGGAGCUGAUCUUCUUCCUCCAGACACCUUGUGCUCCUCUGCAGGUGUGCGCGGGUUUAACAUGACCGCAGAGUUUCUGCGGAAAAGUCUGUGCCUCCCCGUGGCGCAAUCCCUCCUCCUCAUCAUCUUCCUCAGCCGUUGAUCUGAACCGGUCCAUCGAAACAUGGCUGUGCUCGGUCCAGGACCCGCUCGGUUCUGGUCUGGAUUCACAAUGGUCCUCCUGUUGCUCACUGGUUCCUCCCGGACCAGGGAUGUCCUCACAGGACACAACGACACGUGGAGAGAACCAAGCACGGCCACCCAGGAGGAUCAUGAUCCGGACCCGCACAACGGAACCAACUCCGCGAAUCACAGGAAGGCUUUCCCCGUCCUCGCCUUUAACUACGGGCAUGUUAGGAAGCCGUUUGAGAUCUCCCUGUGGAUCCUGCUGGCCCUGCUCAUGAAACUGGGUUUUCACAUCAUUCCCAGAGUAUCCAACAUCGUUCCAGAGAGCUGUGUUCUGAUCUUUGUCGGCCUGCUUGUUGGUGGUGUCAUCAAAGCGAUGAAAGAGAAGGCUCCAGUCCUGGACUCCAAGCUUUUCUUCCUCUACCUGCUGCCUCCCAUCAUCCUUGAUGCCGGCUACUUCCUGCCUAUCCGGGCCUUCACGGAGAACAUGGGCACCAUCCUAGUUUUUGCCGUGGUGGGGACGCUGUGGAAUGCCUUCUUCAUCGGCGGGAUGAUGUUCGCCGUCUGUCAGAUUGAGGCAGCCCAGGUCAGCCAUGUUGACCUGCUGUCAUGUCUGCUGUUUGGUUCCAUCAUCUCGGCCGUGGACCCCGUGGCGGUCCUGGCCGUAUUUGAAGAAAUCCACAUCAACGAGCUGCUGCACAUCCUGGUGUUUGGAGAGUCGCUUCUUAAUGACGCUGUCACUGUGGUUCUGUAUCACCUGUUUGAGGAGUUUUCCCACGCAGGAACUGUGACUGCUGGGGACGCCUUCCUCGGUGUGGUCUCUUUCUUUGUGGUUUCGCUUGGCGGCAUCCUGGCAGGAAUCAUCUACGGCGUCCUGGGAGCCUUCACGUCCCGCUUCACCUCGCACUCCCGUGUCAUCGAGCCCCUGUUUGUCUUCCUCUACAGCUACAUGGCUUACCUCUCUGCAGAAGUCUUCCAUCUAUCAGGAAUCAUGUCUUUGAUUGCCUGUGGUGUAAUUAUGCGGCCGUAUGUGGAGGCCAACAUCUCCCACAAGUCCUACACAACCAUCAAAUACUUCCUGAAGAUGUGGAGCAGCGUGAGUGAGACACUGAUCUUCAUCUUCCUCGGGGUUUCCACAGUGGAAGGUCCCCACAACUGGAACUGGAUCUUUGUGAUCUUCACCCUCAUCCUCUGUCUCCUCUCCAGAGUGUUGGGAGUCGUUGGUCUCACAUUCAUUAUAAAUAAAUUUCGUAUUGUGAAGCUGACCAAAAAGGACCAGUUCAUCGUGGCCUACGGUGGCCUGCGAGGCGCAAUCGCCUUCUCUCUGGGAUUCCUUCUGACUGACAACGAGAUGAAGCACAUGUUCCUAACCGCCAUCAUCACAGUCAUCUUCUUCACUGUCUUUGUGCAGGGAAUGACCAUCAGGCCUCUGGUGGAGCUCCUGGCCGUGAAGAGGAAGAAGGAGAGCAAAGGGUCAAUAAACGAGGAGAUUCACACACAGUUUCUGGAUCACCUGCUUACAGGAAUCGAAGACAUCUGCGGACAUUAUGGACAUCAUCACUGGAAAGACAAGCUAAAUCGCUUCAAUAAGACGUACGUAAAGAAGUGGCUGAUCGCAGGCGAGCGCUACAACGAGCCGCAGCUCAUCUCCUUCUACAACAAGCUGGAGAUGAAGCAGGCCUUGAUGCUGAUGGAGAGUGGGAGCGCUGCCAAGCUGCCGGCCGUCUCUGCCCAAAAAAUCCAGCCCCAGAGAGAAGCGGCCCCACAAAGAACAAUCCCGAGGAUCCCCAAGACCCGCGAGGCCGAGAUCCGGAAGAUCCUGCGGGCCAACCUGCAGAAGGCCGGACAAAAGCUGCGCUCGUACAGCAGACACGACCUCUUCAUGGAUCCGUUUGAAGACGACGUGACUGAGUUUCGCUUCAGGAGGCAGAGGGUGGAGAUGGAGAGGAGGAUGAGUCACUACCUCACCGUUCCUGCAAAGCGACAGGAGACCCCCUCAGUGAGGAAAGUCUGGUUUGAACCAGAACAUAAAGUUUACACCUAUGAUGACAGUGAAAGUCCUGGGGGCGGAGCUGUUCAGCUAAAACCCCGCCCCUCUGACACCUCCCUGCUGGACGAGUCACCAAAGAGCACAGAUCGAAGCCCCACCCCACAGUCCGAGGACCAAUCAGAGAGGCAGAAACCAUCUCGUUGCCUCAGUGAUCCUGGUCCGAAUGAGGAUGAGGAAGGAAGCAGCUUUUUCUUGUCAUGAUGAAGGCUGAUGAUGAUGGUGCAGAUGAUGUUUUUAUAAUGAGUAAGGAUGAGUACCAAAACAGAAUAUUUAACAAGCCCCUCCCCCUAAAAGCACAAAGGCUGGAGCUCUGCUUAUAACAGUAAUGAAGUCACAACACUGUUCAAACGUCCUUAAACAGCUCAUUUGUUUGGAUUAUUGCUUCCAGGAAGUUGCCGUUGAUUAAUUAUUCAAGUUGAUCAAAUUAUUUUACAUCUGACUGAAUUAUCGGUCAGGAUUAAUUGGAUGAAGAUGUCUAAGUACUGGAAUAAAAACGAGUGAAAAGCAGCCAAAGCCCCAAAAAAAACCUUGAAAAACCUGGGAAACACUAGGAAAUCUGGGAAAAAUGGAAAGAAAGGAAGGAUGGAUCAGGAAUAUCCUACAUCACUGUACCUCGAUGUUGGGAUAACGUAGAUGAAGACUGAUCAGAUGAAGAUGAGAUUUCUCUGUUUGACUCAGUCCUCCAGCUCAGAAUAUUAGGGGUUUCAGUCAUUGCUUUGUAGGUGUUCUUGGUACCCUGAGGAGGAAUCCUGCAGGACUCCUCCAGAACUGCUUUAAUUAAAACUGGUUCUGAACAUUUUCAGAGACAUAUUUAUAAAUGCUGUCAGUGUACUAAUGCUGCUGUGCAGCACAAAACCAAGCUGACAUAAACAGUCCAGAACUCAUGAGGAGUGGUCUCAACUGGUCUACUAAUGGACCAGAGAUGGGAUGUAAAUGAUAAGAAUCACCCCAGAUGCUGUCCAAUGUGUCUCUGAGAAACCCUCUGUGUCUGCUGACCUCCACUCACUGCUCCAGCUGACUGUUAGAUGCAUUGAUAUCUGUCACUGCCGGCAUGUGGACCAAACCCUGUCCAGUUCUCACUGCUCCUCCUGGGUCACAAACUGUUUAUUUCAGUGUAAACCAGUUACGGUUUUACAGACUGAUCUUCUCAGUUCAGCUGCUCCAGAACAACAGACUACUGGUAUAAAAAUGUGCAACUUGCUUUAAUUAGGUUUCGGCUGAAUUGAACAUAAUGAUCAUAGACUUGACUGCUGUACUGGCUGCAUGGUGAUUCUGUUUGACUAAAAAUAAAAUGUAUUCAGAACAUUGAUAUUAAUCUUUUUGUUUCCAGGAUGAAGCUUGAAGCAUUUCCACCAGGAUGUUGAGUUUUUAGCUAGCCAAACUAAUCACAAGACAUGAAGUCAGUUGCAGUUGUUUUUAAAGCUUGGCUUGUGCUGUAUUCAGUCGCUCCCUCUUUAACCUAAUUUCAUGGGAUAAAUUGAACCUUGGCCUCAACAUAUUUUUCCUUAUAAUUAAAAAAUAAAUCUUCUAAAGGAUUCAGUAAAAAUAUUUCUUUACUAAUAAAAACCAAUCCCAUCCUCCUGAGCGAUCACCAAACAAAUGCUCAGACAGAAACCACAGAUCACUUCUUUCAGGUGACUUUAGAGUAAAACUGCACAUGUUCGACCAAAGCUUCUGUUCUUUUGAUAAUCGCUGCCUGACUCAUCGUGUUUCCUCAGGGACUCUAACGUGGCUGAAGAAAACAUGGACUCCUAUUUGAAAUGAGUGUUUCAUGAACAGGCCAUGAUGUUUCUUUAUGUUCCUCCUAACGGAGCAUGCUUUAAAACCUUAAAGGGAAUUUUAACGUCUGCAACCCACAGAACUGAGCUGCCUUAGCUACUGCUGCAUUUUACCUGUUCUGUUUUUAUAUGUUGUGUUGGAAACAUUUAUCAAAUGAAGGAAAACUUUAAUACAAUAAAGGUUUAUUGCUAAAUUG